AUCUAGUCCUAUCUCUCUCUCUCUCUCUCUCUCUCUCUCUCUCUAUUCUUUACAGAAAGUAUAACCAUCAAAUGCUUUUGUUAUGAGGGACCAGACUUUCAUGCCAACGUAGGAGAGAGAAAUCAAGUGUAGUAGUCGGCAUGCAUACUGUUCCUUUAGCCCUUUUGAAUUUGCAGCUGAUGGCAUGAAAUGGGUUGACUUGAUAGUUUAGGUUUUGGUGGUUUGUUCUUCUUCAUGACAGAGAAUGUACAAAAAUCAGCUGCAAGAACUUGCUCAGAGGAGUUGUUUCAACCUCCCUUCUUAUGCCUGCGUCAGAGAAGGGCUUGAUCAUGCUCCUAGAUUCAAAGCUUCUGUCAACUUCAAUGGCGAAAUCUUCCAAUGCCCCACUUACUACACCACCUUAAGGCAGGCCGAGCACGCAGCUGCCGAAGUUGCUCUCUCUGUUCUCUCCACUAGAGGCCCUUCAAGGUCGCUCACUACAAGAGUUCUUGAUGAGACUGGGGUGUACAAGAAUCUUCUUCAAGAAACUGCUCACAGAGGGGGUCUGAAGCUCCCUGUCUACACCACUGUAAGAUCAGGUCCUGGCCAUGCCCCUGCUUUCACUUCUACUGUGGAAAUUGCUGGUUUGAAUUACACCGGCGACUCGGCCAAGACAAAGAAACAAGCUGAGAAGAAUGCUGCAAUAGUUGCCUGGGCUGCUCUGAAAAAAUUGCCAAACUUUGGUUCAUUAAGCAAUUGUCAAGAUGGAAGCAAACAAGUUAGGUGGGAUCAGAACCAAACAAGAAGAAGAAUGGUGAGGGGUCAGAGUCAUAGAGACAAUGGUUCCAAUUAUUCUUUACAGUAUCAACAAUGGAGAUCCUUGGAUCUACUAUUGGAUUCCGCCUCAGAAAUUUUAACACAAAAACAGAGCAUCUUGGCCUCUCUUCUCUCUCCACCCCUUCCCAAAACAACUUCAAAACUCCUACCAUCUGCCUCAUCUGGAGAUGUUCCUCUCCUCUCUUCUACAACUAGGCCUAACCCAAUUCAAGUUCAAAUCCAAGAGGUUUCCCCACAGUUUGAAGAGAAUAAGAGGGAUGAGAAAGAAUGGAUUAGCAGGAAGUUAGAUGUCAUCGAGAGUUCCCUUGCAGAUUCAAGUUACAGUCCAAUUCCAUUGAAGUUUAGCAGUCCUGUGAGUUCAAUGUUUGAUCACAACACCCCAAAUGAUCAAACCCAUAUCAGAAACAGACUUUUUGGAUCUGCAACUCCAUCUCCAAGAGCUUUCUCACCCAUCAAAACUUCUUCUUCAAUGUGUAGCCACAUGCGAAGGACUAUCUACAAUGGUGGAUGCAACCCACAGAAGAUUGCUCCGGCGGUUCAAAUCAGGUCGGUGAUCCCAGUAUGUGCAGCGCCACCACUACCAGUGAGACCCACGCCACCAAACCCACCAUCAGUGAAACAAGUUGCUUCAUCAUCAGCUACUUCAAUGUCCAAAAAUGUAGGAGCAGUGGUUUCAUCAGCCAACCCAAUGUUCAACAACAAUCCAGAGUCAUACUCAACCCAAUUCAGCUCUAUGUUCAACAAGAAGUUACGGUUAUGAAGAAAAAAGAAUUUAAAUUUUAUUACUAGCAUCUUGUUAAAGUACCACUUCAAUUUCUGUUGUUAGUUAGUCAGUGUUAUUGGCCUUGCGAAAAUGAACCUCAGUCAUGGGUCUUGGCCCUCUUGGGUAGUUGAUCUACUACUCUCUAAUCUCUAUGGUGAAAUUUUGCAAUAGUAGAUAGUAAAGCUCUUUUUUUUAUAUA